GGACAAUCAUGGCGACACCAAAGAUACCCCCUACUCUCUAGGUAGGAUUUCUAUUUAUCCUAAAUUCUCUCUCUUCCCUGGACCUUUUUCUACCACGGCUCUCGCCCCGUUACCAUCUUCUCAUCCUUUCAGCAUACUCGCCACCGUAUAUGCUAUCCCGCAUUCUCCGCCGCCCCCAAGCUCCUCGCGUACGACUUGCCCAAAUGGCCAACCAUAUAAGCAAUGGUAGUAAUGGGACUGCUGGUACGUCCGGCCACGCCUUGAGAGACCUUCCGAAGUCCAACAACUUUACCUCAAAACUGCCUCCGGACCCUGCCUUCGCCACACCUCGCGAUUCCCACAAUGCGCCUCGAGAGACCCUUGGUCCCCGCAUGGUCAAGGGUGCCUUAUAUACUUAUGUUCGCCCUGAGUGUGUUCUUGGGCCGGAGCUGCUGGCCGUCAGUGAUACUGCCAUGAAAGAUCUGGGCAUUCAACCGGAAGACGCGAAAUCGCAAGAAUUUUUGCAAGCACUUGCGGGCAAUACCUUCGAUACAUGGGACGAAAACACUGGCGAAGGCAUAUACCCCUGGGCGCAAUGUUACGGAGGCUUCCAGUUCGGACAGUGGGCGGGCCAGCUCGGUGACGGGCGCGCGAUUUCUCUCUUUGAGACGACAAACCCAACAACAAACGUUCGCUAUGAGCUACAGCUCAAGGGCGCAGGCAAGACACCGUACUCGCGCUUUGCGGAUGGUAAGGCCGUGCUGCGGUCUAGUAUCCGAGAGUUUGUCGUUUCGGAAUACCUUAACGCGCUAAAGAUUCCCACGACCCGCGCCCUCUCGCUCGUUCUCUGCCCCAAAAGCAAGGUCCUCCGUGAGCGCAUGGAGCCCGGUGCCAUAGUGGCCCGUUUUGCACAGUCCUGGAUCCGUUUCGGAACGUUUGACCUCCCCCGUUCGCGCGGCGACAGGAAGCUGUUGCGCCAGCUUUCCGACUAUGUAGCUGAGGAGGUCUUUCCCGGAUGGGAGUCAUUGCCAAGCAAGAUCCCUUCAGUGGAAGAACACGACAAAGUCGCGCGCGGCGUGGCGAAAGACGAGAUUCAAGGUACUGGUAAGGAAGCCGAGAACCGCUACACCCGUCUCUACCGCGAGAUCGCACGACGUAACGCGAAGACUGUCGCCGCAUGGCAAGCCUACGGCUUCAUGAACGGCGUGCUCAACACUGAUAACACGUCCAUCUUCGGCCUCAGCAUGGACUAUGGCCCCUUUGCCUUCAUGGACAACUUCGACCCCAGCUACACGCCCAACCACGACGACCACAUGCUGCGGUACAGCUACCGCAACCAACCCACCAUCAUCUGGUGGAAUCUGGUACGGCUAGGCGAAGCAUUGGGCGAGCUGAUCGGCUCCGGCGCCCGGUGCGACGAAGCGGAGUUCGUCGAAGACGGCGUCAGCAAGGCGUGGGCCGACGAGCUAGUUGAGCGCGCUGAGCACCUCAUUACGGAGACGGGCGGGGAGUAUAAGGCAGUGUUCAUGACUGAGUACAAACGGCUGAUGUCGGCGCGGCUGGGCCUGAAGACGUCCAAGGAGACUGAUUUCGAGGUGUUGUUCUCCGAGUUGCUCGACACAAUGGAGGCGCACGAGCUGGACUUCAACCACACCUUCCGCACACUGAGCAAUAUCACGUUGGCGGAGACCGAGACGGAAAAAAAGCGCAAAGAGGUUGCGCCGCGGUUCUUCCACCAUGAAGGCGUCGCCGGCGAUGAGGAAAAGGCCAAGGAGCGCAUUAGCAACUGGCUCGCGCAAUGGCGCGUGCGCGUGCUCGAGGACUGGGGCGAAGGGAGCGACGACGCGCGCAUUGCUGCGAUGAAGAGCGUAAACCCCAAGUUCGUGCCCAGAGGUUGGGUGCUGGACGAGCUGAUCCAGCGCGUCGAGCACAAGGAGGAGCGUAACGUGCUCAGGACGGUCAUGAACAUGGCACUAAAUCCCUUCGAGGAACAAUGGGGCGUUAACGCUGAGGAUGAAGACCGCUUCUGCGGCGAUGUGCCGAGGUUAGGUCGCGCUAUGCAGUGCAGCUGCAGCUCGUAGACUCGAGUGGCGAUAGAAGCGAGAAAGAGUAGAUGUCUGCGUUGUUAGCGUGAUAUCGCAGCGUAGCGCGCAUGAAUGUGUUCGUUUUAUCAGUGAGCUUGUCAUUUCGAUCUUUCUGGUGGAGGAACAAAGUCGACUUGGUUACCUAUUAUAAUAGAAUCAUACAGAUCAUAGGAAAUUCCAAGC